CACCCCCAUUGGCUGCGCGCUCUACCUCUCUGCUGCCUUCCCAUUGGUCAGUAGGAGGAUGGUGGGAGGGGGGUGAGGACACCAUCCUCCCUCCUGUGGCUGAGCUUGUAAAUGUUAAGUCUUUUUCUGCCUAUUAUCUGAGUGACUGUGGCUUUUGGUGUGUGACUCCAAGCGUGUGCGAGACUGUAUGAAUGCUGGAGCAAGAGAAGAGAGCAAGCGAGGGAGAAAGAAAGACAGAAAGGAAGGGAGGGAGGAGCAAGCGGUGUUUAUUCUCCCCCCCCUUUAGCCUCCCCGUCUCCUUGUAACUCCAUCCUUCCUUCCCUCCCUUGGACCACCCUACAGCCCCGUCUCAAGCCGAACCAAGACCCCCCAUAGACCACCCCGGGACCCUUUGACUCUCCUCACUUCUCCGUCCCAUCAACUACAAGCUCUGAGCAGGUUUACUGGUCAUUCAACCACUCAACGUAUUCUGCUGUGCAGGACUGGAAGCCACAGGUCACAUGACCUGGAAGAAAAUACCCAGGAGACUUCUGGGAUCCCAUUUGCAUGGACCGACCAUCAGUCUGUGGGGAAAUCCAAGGGCUAAUCAGCUAAUCUGACUCUGAGAGCGAACGCACUGUAGUCUCGUCCUGUAUGCCCUGAGAACACAACACCCAGAGCGACUCUGGUGACUGGCUGGCUGGAAGACAAACAUUCUCCUCCUGCUUUUGACAAGCUCCCAUCAGAGAACGCCUCUCACAAUCCUCACCAUGGAGUCCACCAAAGUCCAGUCAGAGGGAGGCCUCAAUGUCACCCUCACCAUACGUCUCCUCAUGCAUGGAAAAGAAGUUGGAAGUAUAAUCGGUAAGAAAGGAGAAACUGUGAAAAAAAUGAGAGAAGAGAGUGGAGCGCGGAUCAAUAUUUCAGAAGGCAACUGUCCAGAGAGGAUUGUUACCAUCACUGGACCAACAGACACAAUCUUCAAGGCUUUUGCUAUGAUUGCCUACAAAUUUGAAGAGGACAUAAUCAAUUCCAUGAGUAACAGCCCAGCAACCAGCAAGCCUCCUGUCACCUUAAGGCUUGUUGUGCCAGCCAGCCAGUGCGGCUCCCUUAUCGGGAAGGGAGGCUCCAAAAUCAAAGAGAUGAGAGAAUCAACAGGGGCCCAGGUUCAGGUGGCGGGCGACAUGCUUCCCAACUCCACAGAGCGCGCAGUGACAAUCUCUGGCACCCCAGAAGCCAUCAUCCAGUGUGUCAAACAAAUUUGUGUGGUCAUGCUGGAGUCCCCACCAAAAGGUGCCACUAUUCCUUAUCGGCCAAAGCCUGCAUCCAACCCCGUCAUUUUUUCUGGUGGUCAGGCCUACACGAUUCAGGGACAGUAUGCCAUCCCACAUCCAGAUCAGUUGACCAAGCUCCACCAGUUGGCUAUGCAGCAAACCCCUUUUACCCCUCUUGGACAGACCACCCCUGCUUUCCCUGGUUUGGAUGCCGCUCCCCCCGCUAGCACCCAUGAACUCACCAUUCCUAAUGAUCUAAUAGGUUGCAUUAUUGGACGUCAAGGAACCAAAAUAAAUGAAAUUCGACAGAUGUCCGGGGCGCAGAUCAAAAUCGCCAAUGCAAUGGAGGGCUCGUCAGAACGCCAAAUCACCAUCACCGGGACCCCCGCCAACAUCAGCCUUGCACAGUACCUUAUCAAUGCCAGGCUGACGUCUGAAGUCACUGGAAUGGGCUCACUCUAAUCUCUACCCAUCCUUCCUCAUGUCACCACGUCACCUUUUGUGAGACUGUCAUUGCGCCCCCGUUUGUUUACUCUGGUGUUUGACCAGCCUGGUGUUUAAGUAGCCUGAACUUUUCAAACAAUAAACUUCUGCAACGUUAA